AUGUUAGAUUUAUCUCUUGAUCAUGGUGAAUCAUAUCCAAUUUUACAUAAAAUUGAAUUAAAACGUCAUUACGCUCAUGAACGAUUUGGUCUUGCUAUUCAGCAUGAACGUCCAUGUUCAAUAUCAUGUGUUCAUGUAGGAAGUAUAGCUCAAUAUGCUGGACUUAAAACUGGUCAUAUUCUUAUUAAAGUAAAUGGUAAAAAUGUCAGUGAUAUACCUCAUGAAGAUGUUAAAAAAAUGCUCAAAGCAAAUCUCAUCUACUGUAUACCACUCGAUAGAGAAUUUCGCGAGCUACAAAAUGAUAUAUAUAAUAUUGAGAUCAAAUUGGGUCUGGGUGUUCUAACACUAGAAAUACUAGCUCCGACCUCCACAAAUCCAUCGGUCGACAGCGUUCAUCGCUUAUAUUAUCCAGCCAUUUUACCGUUAACCACUCCACUUUAUAUAUCAUUCGAUACAGAAGUUCUCGGGCUACAAAAUGAUAUAUAA